UGCCUGCCUCCAUUUGCCACGGGAUAGCUAGCACCAGCAGCAGCAUCCAAUCCGGAGCAGCAAAGCAAUGGCGGCCUCCACUGCUGCUUCCCGCCUCUCGCCCCCUCGUCCCCGCACAGCGUCCCCCCCUUCAACUCCUCCUCGCCGCUCGCGCUUCUCCCCUCUGCGCGCUGCCAAUAGAAUUGCACUGAUGGAUUUUGUGCACCAUCACCUCAUAUUGCCAGCAAGGAUGGAAGCUGUGUUAUCUGUUGGAGCUCAUGUAAUUCCACACCCAAGAAAGGCUGAGACUGGCGGAGAAGACGCUUUCUUUGUGGACAGUGACACUGGUGGAGUGUUUGCCAUUGCAGACGGCGUUUCAGGAUGGGCAGAAAGGAAUGUCAAUCCAGCUCUGUUUUCUCGAGAACUUAUGGCAAAUAGCUCUGCUUUUCUCAAGGAUGAGGAGGUCCGUCAUGAUCCCCAGAUUCUUCUAAUGAAGGCUCAUGCUGCCACUUCCUCUGUUGGAUCUGCAACGGUAAUCAUCGCGAUGCUAGAGAAGAAUGGGACUCUGAAAAUUGCAAGUGUGGGAGAUUGUGGGUUGAAAAUUAUUCGGAAAGGCCAAGUGAUGUUCUCUACAUGCCCUCAAGAACACUACUUUGACUGUCCAUACCAGAUAAGCUCCGAGGCAGUUAGUCAAACAUAUCAGGAUGCACUGGUUUGCACUGUUAAUCUUGUGGAGGGUGACAUGAUUGUCAGUGGCUCAGAUGGAUUUUUUGACAAUAUCUUUGAUCAAGAGAUCCUUGAUGUCAUUGCUGAAUCUCCAGGGGUAGAUGAAGCUGCAAAAGCUUUGGCGGAGCUUGCCAGAAAACACUCGGUGGAUGUAAAUUUCGAUUCGCCCUACUCAAUGGAGGCCCGGAGCAGGGGUUUUGAUGUUCCCUGGUGGAAAAAGCUACUUGGUGCCAAGCUAAUAGGCGGUAAGAUGGAUGACAUAACAGUCAUUGUCGCGCAAGUGAAGACAGUGGUGAUCCCAGAUGAUGAGGGUAGUGGGGUAGAACAGGAACAAGGGAGUGAGCUAGGCACUGGCGCUGCGGUCGUGUCCGCUGAAUAAAAUGAAGAAUGAAAGCAGUUGUAUAUGCUGAAUCCAAAAAAAAAUCGCAUUUCUUUCUUUUUUUGUCAAUGGUGUGCAUUAUGUACGGUGCAAAGAAAUGGAAGCGAAAUAUAGUUAACACCUCUGUGACCUC